UUCUUUGUAGAUUUAUGUCUUAUGCUAUUGGUGACAGUCGUUAUAUUCAUCGUAAUACUGGCAGUAGAACGCCUUUCUGACUUCUUCAAGGAAUAUCAUUAUUUGUUAUUUAUCUUUGUGUUGAUCGGUGCCAUUCUGUUACAUCUAUUUUUAUUUGUCACAUUAUGUUGCUGUUCGACUGCUGCUCACAAUCGUG